AUGUCUAGUUCUGACAAACAGGGUACUGGCACUGGCAACCCUACGACCCCAAGGCCGCCGAAGACAACAACCACACCUUCAAAGUCGACAGGCUCGGUUCAAAAGGCGACCAGCAGCACCACCACCGCCGCGCAGAAGCCCAAACCGGUAGUUACAAAGCCCGCUGCCGCUAAGCCCAAGCUUGUGCCGGCCUCCGCAUGGGACGUCAAGGGCCUUCGGGUGUUGGUACCGGACAACAAGGGGGGCUUUGAGAAUGUUCCACCCGGGACCAAUGUCUUCGACUGCACGGCAUCCAUCAUCAGCAUGGCUCUGGAUCUUUUGGAGACCCGGUCCAGCAUCAUCGCGCUCAGGAUGCACACGACCAGGGUUAUCGAUGCCAGCCAGCACCUACCCAAGGUGAGAAACAUCCAGGACGACGAUAUCGAGCCCACAAUCCGGAGGUACCUCGCAACCAUCCGCGCCAGCUUUCCCCACGUCGUGGUCUCCGACAAGUACGGCAUGGCCACCAUGAACGGCCGCACCAACAAGAGGGAGUGGAAAGAAGGGGCCGACCCCAAGACGGCGACCGUUAUCGAGCUCAAUGCCAUGGCGGGGGGGCACAAAGCGCUGCCAACCGGUAAAUCGGCCACGAACAUGCGACGGUUCCGCAAUCUGCACAUGCGGCUGUCCAUCACCAUGGCGCACGAGCUGGUGCACGUGUACAACCUGUUCCUGCAGGGCGGGCAGCACAACCACACGCCGCCCAACGUCAGCUACGGGCCGUACGGCGACGACAGGGUGGGCGAGUCGGGCCGGUACUGGGAGUACUGGACGCUGGGCGGGUGGGUGGACAUGCGGGCGGACGGCAACGGCAUGGAGACCAUCGCGCUGCGCGACAGCCACGGGCAGAAGGCGUGGGUCAUCAAGCCCGAUGCCGUCGACGGCCUGCUCGGCCGCGAGUUCAGCAAGUGGCUGCAGCCGAGCACGCCGCUCAACGACGAGGAGCACCCCAAGGGGCAGUUCGUGGACAAGAUCACGCCGCUGAACUGGAAGGACAGGUACACCGAUGUGUUUCCGAGACCGGCGGCGCCGGUUAAGGGUGCGGCGGCGCCCCAGGUCGAGUUUACGCCAAAGCAGGUUGCUGUCCUGAUGGGGGCGGAUAUGAUGAGGACGCCGAAGUACAAUGUGUGUGGUAAUGACUUGCAGGCGUUUGGGUUGGACCCGCGGACGAAGCUGCGCUUGGCCGCUUAG